AUGUCAGCACCUUUGCUCCCGUUCCCGUGGUCUCCAUCGAUCCAAGCACCUUGGCCCCGGAGCCUUUCGGAGCCAGCCACCUUCGAGGCAAACCCUAACGUUGGCAACGGAGGAAGUAACUUCAAGGACUCUGCUCGCUUCCGUGUCUAUGGGGCAAGCUCCGCUGAAGCCGAUGAGGCUCUGGAAAUGCUCGAGGGUGCUUACGACUGCUUCAUUGGAAAACUCGGCUGGAGAUCAUCUGGUCUGACCUUUUACGACAACGACGACACUUACUACAAGACCAAUUUCUACACUGUCAGCUCCCUUGAUGGAGGUGCCGCGGGACUUCAGCACUCCGACAUGGAAUCUGGAUUUGGAUACGUCGAGGUUCUCCAAGAAUAUCUCACGAACCCCCAAAUUACAGUCCAUGAAUAUGGUCACGUCGUUCACUUCCAUCAACGAACCUGGGUGAACCAGGCUAACACGGGAGCUUGGUGGGAGACCGUCGCAAACUGGUUCUCGGAUACGUACAAAACAUCUGAUAUCUGCGCUGAGGCCCGAGAGAAGCACGGUCAAUCCACGUCGCCUACGGAAAUAGAUCUUCAAAAGGUCAUUGGGGAUUCGUUCCAGGUUAUUGUUGAUGGGUCUACUGAUAGUGGGAACUAUUACCAGGCCUGGCCGUUUCUGACGUACUUGACUUCUAACCCUGACAACUUUGCUGGUCUUGGACAAGAUGUCAUUCGUCAACUCAUGGUUCAAUAUCCCGAGGACAGCAACGAAACUCCGCUUCACACUCUUUCUCGCGUAUCCGAAAAUGCAACUGUUACCGAGAUUGUUGGUCGCUACUGGGCACACAUGGCUUACCUCGAUAUCGGCCAUCCAUCCGCGAAGGAAGCCUUUCUCAGCCAGCGCGAUACCCUCAACUUUGAUAACCUCGAAUCGCAAGGCAGUGACUCUUACAAGGUCAAGACAGACCGUCAGCCGCGCUAUAUGGGAUCCAAUAUCAUCCCCCUCACGUCAUCCGGGGAUGGAAAGGUGGAAGUCAAGGUCGAGUGCGACGCUGCCUUUACCGCAACCCUGGCCAUUCAUGAGACUUCCUCUGGCAAGAUCCGCUACGUUUCGCUUGUAGAUGGCGCGGCCUCGGCGUCGGUUGCUUCAGGUGAAGAGGCCAGUCUCGUGGUCGCCAAUACUCCCGCUGAGCUCAUUAACUACGAUGCAUUCAACCUCUCUGAGGACGUGCAAAAGGGAUUGGAUUACACCGUGACAAUUACCGGUGCUACUACUGGCGGAGUCUAA